AUGCAACACCAGGUCUGUGAUGGAUGCGGGGACAAUCGUCACGCAACGGGAUCGCCCCAUUGCAGAGCGAGAGACGCAAUUUGCACCGCGUGCCAAAGAGUGGGGCACUAUGUGAGAAGAUGUGCUUUGUAUCGAGGACCGCAGAGGGUGGAAAGUCGUCAAUCGGAGCAGGCGCUUGAAGUGCUGCAGGCCAUUCUUCGGGCUGGUAGGGCGAACGUGACCGUGCGGAUCCUUAGGCAGGCGGCUUCGGAGCAGCCAGGAAGAGUCGAGGAGCGGGUCUUGGAAAAUCAAGAUGUGCCAGAGGAGGAGGCGGCCGAGUGGCCUGUAGAGUUCGAGGAGCAGAAUUGGGAAGAUCAGGAACAGGCAGCCGAAGGUGUGGAACCGGUGGGCGACCGUAGGCCGGGUCCGGAACGCUGGCAAUGUUUGAUUUGCCUCGACGAGGCCAACAACGCGGUGGUCACUCCUUGUGGUCAUUUGAUGUGCUAUGAGUGCUGUUACCGUUGGUACCAGGAAAGUCGGCGAGGAAGCUGCCCGGCGCGUAGGUCGGACUUCGAAAUAGAGGACCUGAGACCGGUUCUCGGAACGGAACCUGAAGACGAAGGGGAGGAAGGAAUCCCACCACGGCCCAGAGGGGUCUACAUUCCCCGGGAGGAAUAG